AUGCUUACUAGAUCCCUAGUUCCAGCUUUGAGGAGGCGAAUUACGGUAGUCGCUAGACAGUAUAGUAUCGAGGACAGGUACAAGGAGAAGCUAUUGCAGAAGGCCAAGGCUGAAGGAGUUGAGAGCAUCGAGGAGUUGAAGAAGCGACUAGCAGACCAGAUCGAGGAGAAGAAGAAAGAACUCAACAAGAUCGAUCCCUUGCGUGAAUUAGAGCAGCAUUUGAACGCGGGUAGUCGUAUUCACACCAAUAAAGAGCACAAAACCACAAAGAUGUCUAACAAGAGCAACGAAAAGAGUGGCAAUGUAUUGCCAAAGGACAAGCCUUAUAAGACUCUGGAUGACUACUUGAAAUUGGACAAGAUCAAGGAUUUAUCUAAGCAGGAAGUUGAAUUCUUGUGGAGAGCCAAGUGGUCUAAUAGGGAUGACUCCCUAGUGGCAGUGGUGCCAUACGUCAAGACUUUCCAAGGCAUGUACAAAUAUGCGGUCAAGAACCCCUUGUUUGUGUUGCCAUUACCUAGAGAAAAUGCAGCCGAUGGCAAUAAAGCUGACAAGGAUAGCGUACCAGUGGAACUGCAGUAUGUCCAAUGGCAGUUUGCUGGGCCAAACACUGUGCAUUGCCUGAUAACCUCUCUUGCGGAGUACAAGUUACACCAGGAUUUUGCCAAGCCACAUACUACUAUCCAAUUCCAUUUGGAUUUAGCUAACGAUAAGGAUAUGGUGCUCAUGAAUGGGCAAGUCGAGUCGGACAGUAACGUCUCUUUACAAGAUGCACAACUUCUGCUUCUUAAUGUGCAAAGAUUCUACGGGGCCAUGGGUUCCGAGACGAGUAUAGCCAAGGAAAGGAUACAACUACUGGAGGACUUCAAUAAGGGUUCUCAAAACUUUGAUAUCAAUAAGCUUAUCCAGCUCGCCCAGUCAAUGGAGAACUAG